GCUCUAUUAUCUCAGGGAUUAUCUAGAAAAAUGGUCAACUAAAAUGGCCAGUAUAAGUGAUAUAGAUAAAAUUGGUAAAAAAUAUUCGUAACAGAGUGUUCAAAUAUGUUCACAAAGUAGAAAUACACUUAUAUCAAAGCAAAGAAAAUCUUAAUGAAGUUUUAGUGCGUAAUAUAUUCGCUUUUUUUAGUUUUACAAAUGCAUUUGUGAACGUAAGCAGAUAUAUUGGAUGAGAAAAUGGACAAAUUUCAAAUUAUAAUGGAUCAGGACCUAGAGCAAAAAUUGAAACUAACACCCGCAACAUCUCAAAAUGCCAAAACUAUCGCUCAAUGUUUAAAAAGAAGUAUUACCGAGUCAAUAAGAUCAAGAUAUAACAUUGCCCCAGAAUUUGCAGAGAGAAUGCAGCAAAAUGUUUUGAGAGUUCACGAAUACUACUGUAGAGUUACAGAUAGAGAGGGAAAAUAUCCAUAUGGAGUCAUCAGGGAAUUGAUCUUAAGCUACAUAAAACUAGAGCUGGAAGUGCUCAAACAUCCGAUACACGAUCAUGGCGAAUACCAUGAAGUUAUGAAGGAUAGAAUAUUGUUUUUGUUAUGCAACAUUUAUUCAAAGUUUUCCGACAAUUCCUAUGAAAUUUGGAGGGAGAUAUUAGCUGUUCUGAAUGAUAUGCCUGUUGAUGUUCAUAAGUUUUUCGAUGAUAUUGUAGACAAAGUAAAAGAAAAUGUGAGAAAGUGCGAACUAGAGAUCUCAAGAACAAUGAAUAAACCACCUCAACUGACUUGUUGCAACUCAUACCCUAACAGUUCCUCGUGCAUAGGCAUAUACAAAUGGAACGAACAAAUUACCGAUGGCAGUGAGAAUGAUGUUAUAACGAUAUUAGAUGAUGACGACGACAUCUGCCCUGACGAUACUGUCGCUGAGAACAGUUCCUAUCCGUUAAAACCAGAAAGGUGCCGAAAUAAUAUGAGUGAUGAUGUGUACGAUACAGGACAACAUAAAGCUACAACACCUUUGAAAGUGAUUGAUGUGUGUGAUGAUAUAAUUGACUUGAUAGAUGAUAGUGAUACUAGUGAUACCGAAGUGUCGAAGGAUACAUCGCAACCGCAAACGCAGGACUCGUGUACAAAUGUAAAUAAAGUAAAUAGUUUUAACAGCGGUGCUAACGCGAUCUUAAACCAAACUGAUCCAAUGAACUCUAACGGCUUUAUAACCCGUGCUCAAUUGAGCAUCCGAGACCAAAUUAAGCAGUUGGUGGAAAAUUCAAAUGCUGAGAUAAGUUAUGAAGAAACACGAAAAGAAUGGGUGAUACGAGUAAAAGACACCAACGCGACCAUAAUUGACAAACGUCGAGGUGAUUCUCAAGAAUCUACAUCGAUGGAUCAAAAUGAAAAUGAAAAAUCAAAUUAUAUAUAUGUUAGGUCAGAUUUAAAGGAUUUCAGUUCAGGUAGGAAAGGGACUGUAAUUACAGAACAUCCACCUGUGAAACCUAGUGAAGGACAAUCACAACAAGUGGAAGAAAAUAUUAACAACUGUUUGAAUAUUAAAAUUUUACAACACAAUAAUGAUGAACAAAAGCAAGCAGUACCAGACAUAAGUACUGUAAUAGAGGAAAGCGAGUUGAAUAAUGCAGGGGGUCUUUCAGAAAAUCACUUACAAGACGAUAUUGGCGAUCAGCAGCAGACAGGAUUAAACUUGACAUUUAAUCAAGCAAAUCGAUUGGCAUCACAAGUUAAUAAAAUUGAAAAUUCUCAACAGGAAAUUGCUGACCAAACUGAAAGCAAAUCAAAUUCACUUAAUACAUCUAAUGCAGAACAAUUAACACAAGUGAAAGAAGAUAUUAAAGAUAAUAAUUUGAAUGUAGCAGACACAAUUAGUGUUUUACAAAAACAAGAAACAGAUAUAGAAGAAAGCUCCUAUAAUGCAGAAACUGUAAUUACAGAACAUCCAUCUGACCCAGGAUCCAAUAAAAAUGCUGGAACUGUUGAAAGUGAUCCUCCUUGCCAAAAGAAGAUUCAAGUUAAGACGGAUACAAUAAAACCUACGAUAGAAAAAUUGCAGAAACGACUAUCUGAGCCAUGUAAGGAAAAAUUAUUAAAUGAUGAAAAACAUAUACAACCAGUCGCAAGUUCACUUAGUAUAUCUAAUAAAGAUAAUUUAAAUGUAGCAAUGAAAACUAUUAAAACUGUUGAACACGAUCAGUCAAAAUUGCAUGGACUUCAAACAACGAUAAAACAGAACAGCGUAUUUAGAAAGAGAAAGUUAUCGGAGCCAAUAAAUCGUGAUCAGUCACAAUCGCAUACACUUAAAAAAGCAAAAGGUUUAUCUGAAAAGAGAAAGUUAACGCAGCCAAAGAAUCGUGAUCAAUCACAAUCGCGCAUACCUAAAACGGCUAAAAACGGUUCUAAAAAGAUUAUAUUAUCAAAGAGCCAGAAUCAACAACAUAAGGAUACACAAUUGAGAAGUAGAAGAAAUAGAGGAAUAAAGUUAACGCAGCCAAAGAAUCGUGAUCAGUCACAAUCGCGCAUACCUAAAACGGCUAAAAACGGUUCUAAAAAAAUUAUAUUAUCAAAGACCCAGAAUCAACAGCAUAAGGAUACACAAUUGAGAAGUAGAAGAAAUAGAGGAAUAAAGUUAACGCAGCCAAAGAAUCGUGAUCAGUCACAAUCGCGCAUACCUAAAACGGCUAAAAACGGUUCUAAAAAGAUUAUAUUAUCAAAGACCCAGAAUCAACAGCAUAAGGAUACACAAUUGAGAAGUAGAAGAAAUAGAGGAAUAAAGUUAACGCAGCCAAAGGAUCGUGAUCAGUCACAAUCGCGCAUACCUAAAAGAGCAAAAAAAAGUUCUAAAAAGACUAUAUUAUCAAAAACCCAGAAUCAACAGCAUGAGGAUAUACAAUUGAGUGCAGGAGUUGUCGAUUUAAAUCACAUUAUUGUUGAGCAGAAAAAGACAGUGAAUCAAGAAAUAGACAAUUUAGGUAGUAAAGGAACUGCAAUCAUAGGUCACACAUCUGACCUAGGCUCCACAAAUGCUCAAGUUAAGACGGAUACAACAAAACAAUAUGACGAUAAGAAAAUACCUAUUAAAAAGAGAAGAGUGCAUAAUAGAACUGCAGAACGUGAUGAGCGAAAAAAUGUAUUGAAACCUCUUAAAAAGCGAAAACUGUCAGAAGAUAUUAAUUCUCAACAGAAAAUUGAUGACCAAACUGAAAGCAAAUCAAAUUCACUUAAUACAUCUAAUGCAGAACAAUUAACACAAGUGAAAGAAGAUAUUAAAGAUAAUAAUUUGAAUGUAGCAGACACAAUUAGUGUAUUACAAAAACAAGAAAUAGAUAUAGAAGAAAGCUCCUAUAAUGCAGAAACUCUUUCAAAAAAUAACUUACAGCAAGAUAUUGACGAACACAUUUUGAAAACUAAAAAUUCUCAACAGGAAAUUGAUAACCAAAGUCAAACAAUAUCAUGCUCACUUAGUAUACCUAGUGAAGGACAAUCACAACAAGUGGAAGGAAAUAUUAACAACUGUUUGAAUAUUAAAAAUUUACAACACGAUAAUGAUGAACAAAAGCAAGCAGUAACAGACAUAAGUACUGUAAUAGAGGAAAGCGAGCUGAAUAAUGCAGGGGGUCUUUCAGAAAAUCACUUACAAGACGAUAUUGGCGAUCAGCAGCAGACAGGAUAUAACUUGACAUUUAAUCAAGAAAAUCGAUUGGCAUCACAAGUUAAUAAAAUUGAAAAUUCUCAACCGGAAAUUGAUGACCAAAUACAAACAAUAUCAAACUCAUUUACUGUAUCUAAUAAUGCAGUAGAAGAUAAUUUAACAACGAACGAUAAUUAUGAAGAACAAUUUUUGAAUAUUGAAAAAUUCUCAACAGGAAAUUUGAAAGAAGAUAUUAAAGAUAAUAAUUUGAAUGUAGCAGACACAAUUAGUGUAUUACAAAAACAAGAAACAAAUAUAGAAGAAAGCUCCUAUAAUGCAGAAACUCUUUCAAAAAAUAACUUACAGCAAGAUAUUGACGAACACAUUUUGAAAACUAAAAAUUCUCAACAGGAAAUUGAUAACCAAAGUCAAACAAUAUCAUGCUCACUUAGUAUACCUAGUGAAGGACAAUCACAACAAGUGGAAGGAAAUAUUAACAACUGUUUGAAUAUUAAAAAUUUACAACACGAUAAUGAUGAACAAAAGCAAGCAGUAACAGACAUAAGUACUGUAAUAGAGGAAAGCGAGCUGAAUAAUGCAGGGGGUCUUUCAGAAAAUCACUUACAAGACGAUAUUGGCGAUCAGCAGCAGACAGGAUAUAACUUGACAUUUAAUCAAGAAAAUCGAUUGGCAUCACAAGUUAAUAAAAUUGAAAAUUCUCAACCGGAAAUUGAUGACCAAAUACAAACAAUAUCAAACUCAUUUACUGUAUCUAAUAAUGCAGUAGAAGAUAAUUUAACAACGAACGAUAAUUAUGAAGAACAAUUUUUGAAUAUUGAAAAUUCUCAACAGGAAAUUGCUGACCAAACUGAAAGCAAAUCAAAUUCACUUAAUACAUCUAAUGCAGAACAAUUAACACAAGUGAAAGAAGAUAUUAAAGAUAAUAAUUUGAAUGUAGCAGACACAAUUAGUGUAUUACAAAAACAAGAAACAAAUAUAGAAGAAAGCUCCUAUAAUGCAGAAACUCUUUCAAAAAAUAACUUACAGCAAGAUAUUGACGAACACAUUUUGAAAACUAAAAAUUCUCAACAGGAAAUUGAUAACCAAAGUCAAACAAUAUCAUGCUCACUUAGUAUACCUAGUGAAGGACAAUCACAACAAGUGGAAGGAAAUAUUAACAACUGUUUGAAUAUUAAAAAUUUACAACACGAUAAUGAUGAACAAAAGCAAGCAGUAACAGACAUAAGUACUGUAAUAGAGGAAAGCGAGCUGAAUAAUGCAGGGGGUCUUUCAGAAAAUCACUUACAAGACGAUAUUGGCGAUCAGCAGCAGACAGGAUAUAACUUGACAUUUAAUCAAGAAAAUCGAUUGGCAUCACAAGUUAAUAAAAUUGAAAAUUCUCAACCGGAAAUUGAUGACCAAAUACAAACAAUAUCAAACUCAUUUACUGUAUCUAAUAAUGCAGUAGAAGAUAAUUUAACAACGAACGAUAAUUAUGAAGAACAAUUUUUGAAUAUUGAAAAUUCUCAACAGGAAAUUGCUGACCAAACUGAAAGCAAAUCAAAUUCACUUAAUACAUCUAAUGCAGAACAAUUAACACAAGUGAAAGAAGAUAUUAAAGAUAAUAAUUUGAAUGUAGCAGACACAAUUAGUGUAUUACAAAAACAAGAAAUAGAUAUAGAAGAAAGCUCCUAUAAUGCAGAAACUCUUUCAAAAAAUAACUUACAGCAAGAUAUUGACGAACACAUUUUGAAAACUAAAAAUUCUCAACAGGAAAUUGAUAACCAAAGUCAAACAAUAUCAUGCUCACUUAGUAUACCUAGUGAAGGACAAUCACAACAAGUGGAAGGAAAUAUUAACAACUGUUUGAAUAUUAAAAAUUUACAACACGAUAAUGAUGAACAAAAGCAAGCAGUAACAGACAUAAGUACUGUAAUAGAGGAAAGCGAGCUGAAUAAUGCAGGGGGUCUUUCAGAAAAUCACUUACAAGACGAUAUUGGCGAUCAGCAGCAGACAGGAUUAAACUUGACAUUUAAUCAAGAAAAUCGAUUGGCAUCACAAGUUAAUAAAAUUGAAAAUUCUCAACCGGAAAUUGAUGACCAAAUACAAACAAUAUCAAACUUAUUUAGUGUAUCUAAUAAUGCAGUAGAAGAUAAUUUAACAACGAACGAUAAUUAUGAAGAACAAUUUUUGAAUAUUGAAAAUUCUCAACAGGAAAUUGCUGACCAAACUGAAAGCAAAUCAAAUUCACUUAAUACAUCUAAUGCAGAACAAUUAACACAAGUGAAAGAAGAUAUUAAAGAUAAUAAUUUGAAUGUAGCAGACACAAUUAGUGUAUUACAAAAACAAGAAACAGAUAUAGAAGAAAGCUCCUAUAAUGCAGAAACUCUUUCAAAAAAUAACUUACAGCAAGAUAUUGACGAACACAUUUUGAAAACUAAAAAUUCUCAACAGGAAAUUGAUAACCAAAGUCAAACGAUAUCAUGCUCACUUAGUAUACCUAGUGAAGGACAAUCACAAGUGGAAGGAAAUAUUAACAACUGUUUGAAUAUUAAAAAUUUACAACACGAUAAUGAUGAACAAAAGCAAGCAGUAACAGACAUAAGUACUGUAAUAGAGGAAAGCGAGCUGAAUAAUGCAGGGGGUCUUUCAGAAAAUCACUUACAAGACGAUAUUGGCGAUCAGCAGCAGACAGGAUUAAACUUGACAUUUAAUCAAGAAAAUCGAUUGGCAUCACAAGUUAAUAAAAUUGAAAAUUCUCAACCGGAAAUUGAUGACCAAACACAAAGCGUAUCGAGUUCACCUAGUGUAUCUAAUGAAGAGCAAUUAACAGAAGUAGAAGCAAGUACCAAUGGUAACACUUUAAAUGUUUUAAAAGGUGAUAGUAAAAAUAGUUUGAAUAUUGAUGGGCAAGAAACCCAAGCGUAUUUAGGUAUUAAAACUGCAGAUAAGGCGAGUCGCAGUUUUUAUUCAAAUCCAACGUCUCCAUUAGCUAUGUCGCCUGCAGCAAUGGCAAUUAGCUAUUGGAAUCCCAGCUCGCCAGGUAACAUUACAGAGUCUAGCGAUGUGAAUUAUGAAGUACCGGACUAUAGAUUGGAUGAACGUAUUCCUGAUUAUCUUACAGACUCGAAAAUUUUGUUAAGAUUAAUGAGUAUGGGUCAAUUAGACGAAACUACCAAUGAUUUAUUACCAGAAGAAAAAAAUGUAUCUAGCGAUGCCAAGACCGAUUGUAGUUCCACUCAUAAUAAAAAUAUAACCCCUUCAUGGCAAAAAGAUCAUAAUUACUCAGGAAAUCCUCUGCUAACGGGAGCGUGUCAGGAUCAGGAUAUAGAAUUAUUAGAUUUUAUACCUGUAAUCCCAUCUGAUAAUAAUAACGGGAUGGAGGAUGAGAAAAAAAAGGAUGGUUCGUCUCAUCACAAUAACGUGUCAUUUUCCAAUUAUACUGAUCCGUCGAUAGAAGACUUUCUUACUUCCAAAGACCCUAAGGUUAUCGUCGAAAGUUAUAAGCUGUGGGAUAUAUGGUGUGAUAUGAGUGACAGUCCUCUUAGUCAGACACAUUUGGCAGAGGUCGAUAACCAACCUGUCAGCUCAACACCGAUUGAAAAUUUUAGUCUGCAAAAACAGGUAGCCGAAGGUAGAACGGUAAAUAGUAACUUGUUUGGAGUAAACGAAAAUUCGUCGCAAGUUACUGGUCAAAAUGACAUUCCUAACGCAAACAUUCAUAACUUACCAGAGGAGAAAAAAAAAGAAAAAAAAAACAACCCUCGACAAUUUGUCAACAAACAAAAAAAUAAUUUAAAAUCAACAUCAGAUUCGAACAUGGGUAUCGUAUUUGAAAACAGAUCUCUUACGAGGCAGGUGCAAGAAGCUAUUAGAUCAAACCAUGUUGAAGGAGCAGUAAUUAACCAGUUACCACAGAAUACCAAGUUAUAUACACAGAAUGGAACAACGGAAACCUCAUCGGUAUAUGUUCCUAAACGGUAA